GCAUCAGUUGGCAGGAUGAAGCUCCUUCUACUCUUGGUGACUAUUGGGCUCUGCUCAGCCCAGUACAAUCCUAACACUCAAUCCGGACGAACAUCUAUUGUGCACCUGUUUGAAUGGAAAUGGGUUGAUAUUGCUGCAGAAUGUGAGCGCUAUUUGGGACCUAAUGGCUUUGGAGGUGUCCAGAUUUCCCCACCAAAUGAAAACAUUGUUGUGACAAACCCCUAUAGACCCUGGUGGGAGAGGUACCAACCUAUAAGUUAUAAGCUCUGCACUCGUUCUGGGAAUGAACAACAGUUUAGAGACAUGGUGACAAGAUGUAACAAUGUUGGGGUAUAUAUUUAUGUGGAUGCCAUAAUUAACCAUAUGUGUGGCUCAGGUGGAGGUGCUGGCACUCAUUCAACUUGUGGAAGCUACUUCAAUGCGGGAUCCAGGGAUUUCCCAGUUCCCUAUUCCAACUUGGAUUUUAAUGAUGGAAAGUGCAGGACUGGCAGUGGUGAAAUAGAAAAUUAUGGGGAUGCUAACCAGGUCCGAAACUGUCGUCUUGUUGGUCUCUUGGAUUUGGCAAUGGAGAAAGACUAUGUUCGUGGGAAGAUUGCCGAAUACAUGAACAAUCUAAUUAACAUUGGGGUUGCUGGAUUCAGACUGGAUGCUGCUAAACAUAUGUGGCCUGGAGACCUAAAGGCUAUUUCCGACAGACUCAAUAAUCUGAACACAAAAUGGUUCCCUGCAGGAGCUCGACCUUUCAUCUUCCAAGAGGUAAUUGAUCUUGGGGGUGAAGCAAUUUCUGUCAACGAAUACUUUGGAGUUGGACGAGUUACUGAAUUCAAAUAUGGUGCCAAGCUUGGGGGAGUCAUCCGCAAAUGGAAUGGAGAAAAGAUGGCCUAUCUAAGGAACUGGGGAGAAGGCUGGGGAUUUAUGCCCAAUGAUAGAGCUUUGGUGUUUGUUGACAAUCAUGAUAAUCAAAGAGGACACGGUGCUGGAGGAGCUUCCAUUCUCACCUUCUGGGAUGCACGUCUGUACAAAAUGGGAGUUGGCUUCAUGCUGGCACAUCCUUAUGGUUUCACUCGUGUCAUGUCUAGCUACAGAUGGUCUAGGAACAUAUCGAAUGGAAAGGACCAAAAUGACUGGAUUGGCCCUCCUACUAAUUCUGAUGGGUCUAUCAAAUCAGUUCCUAUCAACGCUGAUGCAACAUGUGGUGACAACUGGGUCUGUGAGCAUAGAUGGCGCCAGAUAAAGAACAUGGUUAUCUUCCGUAAUGUGGCAAAUGGUCAACCCUUCUCAAACUGGUGGGAUAAUGGGAGCAAUCAAGUUGCAUUCGGACGUGGCAAUAAAGGAUUCAUAGUCUUUAAUAAUGAUGACAGGUACAUGGAUACUACUCUGAAUACUGGCCUUCCAAGUGGAACCUACUGUGAUGUGAUCUCAGGACAGAAGGAGGGAUCUCGCUGCACAGGCAGGCAGAUCAAUGUGGAUGGAAAUGGCUUUGCUCGUUUCCAGAUAAGCAACACUGAUGAAGACCCAUUUGCUGCUAUCCAUGUGAAUGCCAAACUAUAAAUUUCCAAAAAUAUGAUCUAACAUACUCCUGCAUUAUGUGAAGUGAUCUAUACAAAUACAGUAUAUGAUGUUUUGAACACUCAUGGAAAUUAAACCAUUUGAAUAACUUUGAACAUGAACAUGAUGAAUAAAUAACGUUUUAUCUGACAUUAAA